CAAAAGCUAGGGUUUUUCUAAUUUACGCCUAGUUCGCCUUCCAAGAAAAGUCCAAUUACUUCCUAGUGUAAAAACCCAUUGCAACAGCACAUGGGGUGACCAAUGGAUAGACGCAUGACGCUGACAUACCAUUGGAUUGACAGACGCGUCUUAUGUAAUCGAUCGCUUUGAAGGUGGAAAAGGAAGGAUUAUCGUUUUCCUCAGCACUGGUCCACACCUGCUUUGGGUUUUUAAUUUUCUUUAUUUUUCCUAUUUUAAAUCAAUUUUUCUUACUGAGGUUAUGCACAAUAAGCCAUGAGAAUACAUGUAUGUAUAUAAACCGGUUAUUUAUUAAACAGCACGACUGUAUGAUAUUGUUCAUCAUCAUUACGCAUAUUUGCCCAGUGACUCCAUAUAUUUACCGCACUGCGUUAAUCUCAGGGCGCUGAACCAUGGAGGGCUCACUUCACACGAGGCUACAGCACAGUCAGGUAGGAGGGAGCUAAUUUAUGAGGAGACUACUUCCGUCACCGAAUAAUCCAGGUGUGACCGCUACCGUACGACCCAACACUAUUCAAGAUAAACCAAGCAAAACACGAUUCUUAUUAUAACAGCUCCGUAUAUUUACCCUUGGCCGCUGGAUUACCUAUAACUGGACAAGGAAGGACUCGCCCUCAUGUGAUAGACUGUGUUGAUUGAAAAUGAACGGAGGACUCCGGCAUCGUCCAGGUUCCUCUGAAGUCCUGCUGAUCCUAUUCAUAAUAAUCCAAGUUCAGACCUCAUUAAGCUGCGUUGAAGGAGAGGGAUACUUUGGCUGGUUGUGUGACACCCAGAGUAAUUGUUUCUGUAAACAGGCACAGAUAUGUCAGAAAACACUGGGUACAUGUCCGCCGAACUGUGUAGAUAACCCAUGGGGAAUAGGAUGCUCUGACGAUGACGUCAAUCUGGCGCAAGGAAAGCAAGCUUCUCAGUCGAGCACUAAUUCAAAUUUCCUGGCAUCCCUCGCUGUUGAUGGAAAUAACAGUACCCAGGGGAGUGACUGCGCCUUGACCAACUUACAGAACGACCCAUCGUGGCUGGUAGACCUGGGAGGACUCCAUGUCGUAAGGAAAAUAGCCGUGCAGAAACCCACCUCUGGUGUUUGUCCUUUUAAUCUAGUAUUUGCCUGCAUUGGGAACAGUACUGUCACAUCUAACUGUAGGGAUAUAUCCCGGGCCGAUGCCUGCGCCACGGCGUACUUGGAAUUCCCAAUUGACCCGCCUAUACUUGGACGAUAUGUGAGGAUUAAAAAAGUUGGGGGCCAGAUUCUCAGCCUUUGUGAAGUGAUUGUGAAGGGAUAUGAAUACCCUUAUAACUUAGCAUACGGGAAAUUGACCCAGCAGAGUACAGGAGAAUCGGCUAGCCGGGCCGUUGAUGGCAAUUUAGACACAUAUUUUUAUCAUGCAUCAUGCACGCACACUGCCAAUGAAGCCAACCCAUGGUGGCGGACAGACCUGGGCGCGCAGUAUGCCGUGUACAGUGUAACUCUUGUUAACAGGGGUGACUGCUGUGGAAGUCGAUUGAACUAUUUUGACAUCAAGUUACGGAAUAACACAAUCAGUGGAAGUUACGACGUAUGCAUAUCUCGCAACACCCAGAUACCAGAAGGUCAAGCCGUGGAACUGCCUUGCGUUCAGCAGUUCGUGGGCCAUGUGCUGAUUAUUCAGCUAAGGGCAACAAACGUUUUAACCCUUUGCGAAGUGUUGGUCAAGGGAUACAAAUACCAGGCCUGUGCCGACGGUGCUUUCGGACCCCAGUGUCAAUACCUGUGUCAGUGUCAGCUGCCGAAUGAAGUGUGCCACACAGUGACGGGGCAGUGUAGCAGCGGGUGCGGAGCGGGCUGGAAGGGCCACGGAUGCCAAGUGCCCACUGCCUGCUUGCCGCACUGGAAAGGGAAUGGCUGUUUUCAAGAGGUACCACGUCUGGUAGGUCCUCCACGUAAAGUUUCCCGAACAGGCGACACUGUGACCAUCUCCUGGGACGCGUGGUCCGCUGCUACAGGCGCAGGAACCGGAAGUGCCACAAGAUACAUUGUGGAGUACCAAGCAGACGGUAGCAGUGGCUCAGUGUGGCAGAGGAAAGAUGCCGGAAAUCAGUUUUCAACUACGGUCUCAAAUCUUAACCAGUACACUGAUUACCGGUUCCGAGUUAUUGUUGUUGACGAGGAAGGGCGGGAAGGAAAGUCAAGUGCCAGCGCUACGUUUAAGACUUGUGGAGCCCCGCUAAUGCCACCGCAACCCAUCGCUAUUUCGGCAUUGUUAUACGGUGACAGAUCAGUUGCGGUUAUCCACUAUACAGUCCAGGGAAUUGAUUCAGGAAUAACGAGAUGUGAAUCUCUUCAAAAAAUCCGAGUGAGGUAUCAAAGGCAAGGGGAUUCUUCAACAGUAGGACCGAAUGACACCGCCAACCCCACUUAUUCUAUAUAUAAUCUGAUCCCCUACAGUAACUAUACUCUUAUCCUUAGCAUCUUUAAUAACGCGGGACUCGAGGGGCCAAGUCGCGCAGUCUACGCUACAACACCAGAAGGAGUUCCCCCCAAAAUGUCUCCUCCUACUAUAACAAGCCAGCAGAGUGACUCCGUAGAAUUAUCAUGGUCAGAACCAAAUCCGCCAGGUGGCAGAAUCACAAGGUAUGACGUCAGGUAUAGCACAGCGACCGGCGGCCAGCUGACAGUCGUUGAUUUCAAUGAAACCACAUUUAGAGGAACCAUAGGCAAUCUACAAACAAAUGUAACAUAUGCUAUACAGAUUCGAGCAGCAACAAAUCAAGGCCCGGGACAGUACAGUGACCUGGUUCAGGCUGUGACAGUUGAAGGCAGUCCAGGAGAACCAAAUAACUUAGAAAACAGCAGCAGAACAGAUUCGUCUCUGACAUUGCGAUGGAAUGAACCGAUCAAAAAGAAUGGAAGGAUAAUGGGCUACAAGAUAAUAUGCUCUGUAUACAACUCACCAUCCGAUACAAAUAAGACGUACAUUUCAAACAGCCCCGAACUGAGACAGCAGGUCGUAGAAAACUUGAGACCGUCCACAAGAUAUGUUUGUGGGGUGGCUGCAAGGACAUCUGUUGGAUACGGAACCUACACGACGAGAGUUCUAUGGACGGCACCAUCUCCUCCAGUCAUCGAUGAUGAAUCACUUCGAAACUCAAGGACUCCAAGGAAAAGAACGAGAUCGACCGUGACUGUCCUUUUACCAAUUGUCAGCGUGGGAGAUAAGUACAGAAUAGUUGUUGAACUGAUGUCACGCCGCCGUAAAAGAGACGUCAACAGCGACACACGAAACCUGACGUCGUACAGAGAGGCCAUGGAUUUAAACUUGAAUUAUUACAUCACAGCUGAGGUAGAUAGCACUCGACUGGGGGCAGAAUUUACCGUCGGCGAUAAUCAAACAUAUGGAGGAUAUCAGAAUACGCCUUUGGUUGAAGGACAAACUUAUGAUAUAUACUUUGGCGUCCUAUCGAGUAUAGAUGGGGUAACAGCACAGACUUACAGCCGACUUCUGUCUGGAUUCGUUCCCAGGAACGAUGACACAGCGCCAUCUAGUGACGCAGGAGUCAUAGGCGGAGUGAUAGCUGCCGUGGUCUUGGUCGCUGUUAUCGUCAUCGUCGUAGCUGUCAUACUAAUGAAAAGAAGGCGAAGACAAAUGUCGAAACCAUCAUCGAGGGAAGAGAUUCCUUUCAAGAACGCAGCAUUUAAAGACGAUAAUUUAAAUGGUAGCACUGAACAUAUUACAGAUCCAGAAAGCCCAAAGAAAAAGCACGAGCCGGUUACCAACGAAGUCUUGUAUACCGAUGCCGAGCCGCUUUACGGCAACGUGGAACAAGGUACCGAUAUUCCCGUCGCCCAGAUAAUGCACAUAAUGCUGUGGAAGACCAGAGAAUUGAUGAAAGAAGAAUAUGAGAAAUUGUCCAAAGAUUUACAGGCUGCUUGCACCGCAGGGAGGAAGCCUGAAAACAAUAUCAAAAACAGAUUUAAAAACAUAUUACCAUAUGAUCACUCUCGUAUUGUUCUGGACAAACUACCUGAUGACCCACAGUCAGACUAUAUCAAUGCAAACUACAUAGAUGGAUAUAAGCGAUCGAAUGCUUUCAUUGCCGCUCAAGGUCCAAAGCCCAACACAGUAAACGACUUCUGGCGUAUGGUGUGGCAGGUGGACUCUCCUCUCAUCGUCAUGGUUACAAGAAUAGUGGAGAAUGCAAAAGCAAAAAGCGCUGAGUAUUGGCCAAACAAAGGCAGCGUACAGCAUGGUGAAAUAACAAUUAUAUCGAUGCAUGUUGAAGAGCACGAGGAUUUUAGCAUCAGAACAUUCCAAAUAACAAAGACAGGAGAGUCUUCUGAAAAGUCCCUAAAGCAGUUUCACUUCACGGGUUGGCCGGAUCACGGCGUCCCUGUCGAUCCAACAUCUUUAAUAACUUUUAGAAAGAAAAUCAAGGAAUAUGAGACGACGGUUCAAAGGAGGGGACCUGUCGUUGUUCACUGUAGUGCUGGUGUGGGACGGACAGGCACGUUUAUUGCCUUAGAUUACCUCAUGGACCAAGCCCAAGCAGAGGGCAAAAUCAACAUCUUCCAGCUUGUGCAGCUCAUGCGAGGAGCACGACCUAAAAUGAUUCAAACAGUGGAACAGUACUAUUUUCUUCAUUACACCAUGCUAGAGGAGUUACUGUGCGGGGAGACUACUAUUCCUGUCCAGGAAUUCGCUGAACGUUAUGCAGAGCUGAAGAAAAAAGGGUCGUCUGAAAGUAGCACAAAACUUGAGGAACAGUUUGAGGUUCUUCAAAUUAUGACUCCUGAAAUCGACCAAGAAGAGACCAAAACUGCACUUAACGAAGAGAAUCUCAGUAAGAACAGAGUUAGGAAUAUAGUACCAGCUAACCACUGUCGACCAUACCUUGAGAUAAACAGUACGCAAACCUCCGAUUACAUCAAUGCAGUGUUUGUAGACGGUCACCGGCGUUUUGACGCGUAUAUCGUGACGCAGAUGCCGCUUCCAAGCACCGUGGUUGAUUUCUGGAGGAUGAUACACGACCAGAGGUCUGCUACCAUUGUCAUGCUCAACGAGAUUAUUCAAGAUGAUGAGCAGACUGUCGCAGUGUAUUGGCCAGAGACGGGAACUGCUACAUACGGGCACUUCACCGUGGAGUUCGUAAAAUCCCGUGCUCCCUCAGAGCAUCUUUCAGUGAGGGAAUACAAACUCAAUAACUCUGAACGGCCCAAAGAUGCUCCCCAAAGGAUCUGUCAGUUUCAGUAUCAUGGCUGGAAGACUUCAGAUGCAGUGCCACAAUCUAAGUCGGCAUUCCUUGGCUUAAUAGAUGAAAUAGAACAUUGGCAACAGCAAAGUGGCAAUACAAGGAUUACAGUACAUUGCAUGAAUGGUGCUCAUCAAAGCGGGUUGUUCUGUGCUGUGUCGCGAAUCGUGGAGAAAACGAAAGUAGAACAAGAGGUAGACGUGUUCCAUACAAUAAAGGCAACUAGGAUCAACAGACCACAAUUUGUGGAUAGCUUGGACCAAUGUAAGUUCUGCUACGAGUGCGUGGAUGAUUAUAUCCACAUGUUCGACACCUAUGCCAAUUUUCAGGCAUGAGUCCCAUUGCUGUCUUCAACCCAAAUGGAAUUCUGCAAUAUUGCAAUUGCAAUUUAAAGUGCAAUUCGUACUGGGACACCAAGCAUUAAUAUUUCAGUUGAGGAGCUUUUCGAGAAUGCUCCCAAAAUGGAAUAUCUAACGCACAUUUUGAUAAGUUUUGCUUUGACAUUUGUUUCUUGUUUAUUAUUAUUAUUAUUAAUAUACCUUUGCAACUGGUUGCAUUACCUAAUAACCAUUGUGUAAUAUUAUUAUUUGAUAUUGAAACUUAUUUUAUCCAAGACCUUAAAUUGUAUAUUUUGCUAUCAUACGAAUAUAUUUUUGCUAUUGAUUGUAAUGGUAAUUAACCUGAAAUGGGUCGUAUCGUAUUACAGUCCAAAUGCUUUAAACUGCUUUAACACAGCAAAUACCAAAAUAAAACGGACGGUUGUGAAUACUCCAAAUUAAACUGCGAACUAUUUUAAUGAAAUCUUAAGCCUUAUGCAUUGUUGUCAAAGAGUGUUACACGCGUAUUGCGUCCAUAUGCAUGAAGCAGUUUACUCUCUUAAAAACUGAGUUUUACUUAUUUUCGGCGUCCACCUUUAACGCUUAAGAUUUUGCAAAUUCUUAUCUUAGAAGCUCGAUAGUUGUGUCACCAGCUUGUGGUAAAAUCCGUUCUGACCAUGCGAAACACACAUGAAAGACAUCAUUCUGUAGCCAAAUAAAUGUUAUUUGUAUUUCUUAUGUCCAAUAAAUUAAUCGUUUUGAA